UUUUCGUUGUUGCCAGCCAGUUAUAUUUUUUUGGUGUGAAUUAUGAUUGGAAUACCGUGGAGCGAGGGCAGUGAGUGGGUGCUAUUGAAAAAACUGCGGUCGCAAUAUGCAGUUAUGGGUGAUUUACGUUUCGUGUUUUUUGCUAAGUGUUUCUGGGGAGGAGUUUCCAUCUUUGAUAACUGCAAAUGCUUCUAUAGCGGUAGUCCUAGAUCGCCAGUACCUCGGAGAACAGUACCAGCCGAUCCUGGACGACUUGAAGGACUACAUCAAGGAACUCGCAAGGGUGGAACUGAAACACGGUGGUGUCGUGGUGCAUUACUUCUCUUGGACUGCGAUCAACCUUAAAAAAGGUUUCCUAGCAGUGUUCAGCAUUGCAUCGUGCGAAGACACGUGGUCUCUUUUCUCCAGGACCGAAGAAGAAGAAUUGCUCCUCUUUGCGUUGACUGAAGUGGAUUGCCCGCGUCUACCACUGCAGUCUGCCAUCACUGUCACUUAUAUGGACCAGGGACAGGAACUGCCGCAGAUCCUGCUUGAUUUGAGGACUACUAAGGCUUUUAAAUGGAAAUCUGCUGUCAUUUUGCAUGACGAUACGCUUAAUCGUGAUAUGGUAUCGCGCGUGGUGCAGUCUUUAACGCUGCAAGUGGAAGAUAACGCUGUGUCUUCCAUCUCAGUGACGGUGUUCAAGAUGAGACACGAGGUGAACGAGUAUCUGCGAAGGAAGGAGAUGUACAGGGUGCUGUCGAAACUGCCGGUCAAGUAUAUAGGAGAGAACUUCGUAGCAAUAGUGACAACAGAAGUGAUGACGACAAUGAUAGAGGUUGCCCGCGACCUCGGCAUGACCCACACCAUGGCGCAGUGGUUUUAUGUCAUAUCUGACACCAAUUCGCACAGCGGCAACUUUUCCAACCUCAUCAAUGCUUUGUACGAAGGAGAAAAUCUUGCUUUUAUGUACAACGUUACAGACAACAGUCCGGAUUGUCAGAAUGGCAUAUUGUGCUACAGCCAAGAAAUGCUCAACGCGUUCAUAUCAGCGCUGGACAUGGCGGUGCAGGACGAGUUCGACGUGGCGGCCCAGGUCUCCGACGAGGAGUGGGAGGCCAUCAGGCCCUCCAAGCUGCAGAGGAGGGAAAUGCUCUUGAAACAUAUGCAGCAACAUAUCUCGUCGAAAAGUCGUUGCGGCAACUGCAACACCUGGCGAGGUCUGGCAGCCGACACUUGGGGUGCCACCUACAGGCAGUUCACUGAUGACCAAGGAAGUCAACCCUCAGCCCAGGAAGUGAAGGAGAAUCAUCAGAGUUACAUAAAUAUGACCACAUCUGUUAUAGAACAAAUUGAACUUUUACAGGUGGGAAACUGGAGACCUAUCGAUGCCAUGCGGUAUACAGAUGUUUUGUUUCCUCAUGUCGAGCAAGGUUUCAGAGGAAAGGAGUUACCAAUAAUCACAUUUCAUAAUCCACCGUGGUCUAUCCUCCAAGUCAACGAAUCUGGCAUGGUUUCAAGUUACGCUGGUCUGAUGUUCGAUAUUGUUGAACAGCUUGCAAAAAACAAGAAUUUUACAAUCAAAAUUUUGUUACCUGGAAAUGUAAAACAUGACUUCUCUAAUGACUCCUCCUCAGACUCAAUGCAUAGCCGCAGUGCCAUGCUGGCUGUGUCAGCUAUCGCCAAAGGUCAAGCCGCAUUGGCAGCUUCAUCAUUCACGGUUCUUCCUAAUCCUAUUCCUGGUAUAAACUACACGAUGGCUGUGAGCACCCAGCCGUAUGCAUUCAUAAUCGCGAGACCUCGGGAACUCAGCAGGGCGUUGUUGUUUCUGCUUCCAUUUACAACUGAUACUUGGCUCUGCCUAGGCUUAGCCGUGAUCCUCAUGGGUCCCAUGUUGUUUGUGGUCCACCGUCUAAGCCCGUAUUACGAGGCCAUGGAGAUCACGAGGCAAGGAGGUCUGUCCACCAUACACAACUGCUUGUGGUAUGUCUACGGGGCGCUCUUGCAGCAAGGUGGCAUGUACCUCCCGCGGGCAGACAGCGGUCGCUUGGUGGUCGGCACGUGGUGGCUGGUGGUCUUGGUCGUGGUGACCACUUACUCCGGCAACCUGGUGGCCUUUCUCACAUUUCCCAAGCAAGAGUCACCGGUCACCACUAUCACUGAGCUAUUGGAGAAUAGUGCUACGUACACCUGGUCUAUUAGAAAGGGCUCCUAUCUGGAGACUGAGUUGAAGAAUUCCGACGAACCGAAAUAUGGCACUCUGUUGAAGGGAGCUGAGUUGAUAACUGAUGUGAAGACUGUCGAUGGUUCUUCUGUUAUGGGGUCGCAUGUUUUGGAGCGUGUGCGCGAACAGCGGCACGUGGUCAUCGACAGAAAACUCCGCCUGAGCUUCCUCAUGAGGGCCGACUACCUCGCUACGGACACUUGCGAUUUCGCUUUGAGUGGUGAUGAAUUUCUAGAUGAGCAAGUUGCCAUGAUAAUGCCCGCCGCCAGUCCUUAUUUGAGUGUCAUCAAUAAAGAGAUAAACCGCAUGCAGAAAGCAGGUCUGAUUACCAAGUGGCUGUCAGCGUACCUGCCCAAGCGGGACCGGUGCUGGAAGACGUCUUCCAUCACGCAGGAGGUUAACAACCACACCGUCAACCUCAGGGACAUGCAGGGAUCCUUCUUUGUGCUCUUCCUGGGUUUCUUCUCGGCUACAACAGUACUUCUGAUAGAAUUCUUUUACAACCGACGCAAGAGGAAAAAUGAAAAUGUUGUAAUAAAGCCUUAUGUAGAAUAAAUUAUAUUUUUAUACCAUCG